AAAAAAACAAGGACUACCAUCAUACUGACUCUUCUCUUGACAACGCCUUGCGCCAAAAAAACUUCGGCGAAGCGUGGCGCACUCCUCCGGGCGAUGUAUUUAAGAACAAAAUCUCAAAGCUCAAUUAUUUACCUCAAUCAGCUAUCAGAACUCUCCAGAACUCUGCUCACAUCGACCAUUAUGAACAGUCACGCGAAUGCAGGUUACGCCAUGGUGGAAGCACCAGCUCCGAAGGCGCACCAAAAUAAAACAUCUUCCCAGAUAUUAGAAAUGCUCGUAUCCUAUAAUCAACGCUUCUCGCGUCUUCACUGGUCUCAGUUUGAUCAGUUCACCUUCUAUAAGAACCCCUCGACCCUCAGUUUCUUCGACGACUUUAUUGGUAGACCCGGCCAAAUGUACUGUGGAGAGAGCGGUGGUUGGGUCUACCACGUUAUAGGGGAUUACGUCGAGAUGAUACGGCCUCCCUCUAUUCGAAAUGGAAAAGAAUUGAUCACGCACAAGCUCAAAUAUAGAUUCGAAAUUCUUGCGUUUGCUGUAGACUAUAUCUCAAGAAAUAUUGCGGCAUUGCAAAAAGAGGAUGGUAAUUGCGUUAUACAUUUGGGAAAUCCCCAAGGUCGCAAGAACUCAAGAAAAAUCUCGUGGCCAAUGGACUGGAGUUUGAUAGUACGACCUCUCCAGUUCCAGAUUGUCGGGCCAUACAUCGCACUGAAUUUUGAACCUGUGAGAACGGCCAGAAGGGCUCAGUUGUUUACAGUUGCAAACUGGAAAACUGGGAAAAUUGUCUUUACUAGGGAAUUCGUCGAAACCUUCCAAUUCAUAGCAGAGGAUAGUUUUCUCUAUGCAACUUUCUUAACCGAUCGUUUUCCGGAUGACAAUCCAUCAGUUCUUAAAGUCUUCCAAGUUAUUGUUUACGAAGACCAAAUUCGCGAGCAUCAGCGGCUCAGAGAUGUCGUGGUCAACAAACAGAGACACUUGCUCCGAAGUGUGAAUUUCAUACCCAGGGCAGGUCCUCCAAUGAAAGCCCUCAAGCCAUGGAACCCCGAUGGCUUAGACCAUUUUGUCCAUAACAUCUUCGAUCCUGUGCCCUACGAAGACAGAAACGGUCCUUUUCAUUCGGAUCCGAACGAGCAGAUCAUUGGUUUUCACUUUGUGGCGGUUGACACUCAUCCAUUCUUUAUAGUGUUUGACCAAAAGCACUUUCUUGGAUCAUGCAGAUGUCUCACUCCUCGCCGGGGUAUAGGCCAUUUUCCAGCGAUUAACGGGAAGAGAUUGUUGUGGUGGAAUGAACACACGCUCGAAAUAUAUUUGAGGGACUAUAAACCGAACUGCGCACAGUUGUAUGGGGGAGGGGCCAUUCGCGUGCGACACCCUCAAGACCGAGGGUGGAAGAUGAGCUCGUGCAUUCAAGAAGAUCCUCCGGUAAAUGCGAAUGAUUCAUUUGGCGACAACACAUUCGUGGCUACUGCCACUGAAAAUAACGCUUCGACUCGCAGACAUGUAUACUUCACAGAGGAUAGCAUUUUUAUGAUCGAAUAUUGGCGGGAUGGGACAAUGGAAGGUAGAAUUUACACUUACUGAGAUUUCUACAGUUUUCCGAUAAUCCUCGCAAAUUUGCUUUGUCCUGUUUUCCACCCCGUUA